UGGUAUUGGCGUGGGUAGAACUGGAGAUUUGUUGGCUCUUUCGAUCGUGAAAAAGAGGAGUUUGAUGUACGUGUUUAUGUAACGUGUACACUUACGGAGAGGUUGCUAAGCAAGAAGUAAGAUGGCAACCGCACAUGACUGCAUCAGUUAUUCAAUCUGCAUUUAUAAAGAAGUCAACUUCAUUGAAUUUGCACAGAAAUGUACAGUUGAGGAGAGCGGAUGAAGAUAGCAAGGAGGAUGAUAAAGAUGGAGUAGAGGAAGAGAACAAAAAAAAGAGCAUUGAAGAUGAUGAUGAAAAGAAGAAGGGAGAUAAGAGUAAAGAUGAGAAGAGCAAGCCGAGAGUGAUGAUUCUAUCUUGCAUCUACUCUGAUCAGAAUCAUUGUGGUUAUAUCUUAGAGAGAGACUUAGAAGAAAUACUGUAUACCAUUGGUGUCAUUUAUCAAGGGCUCAGGUAG